UGUGAAUAAGGGACGAUCAAGGCAAUACUGUCAUUUUAGCCCGUCUAAAAAAAUCUUCUUCUACGGAUUCUCUCGGUGAUAUCUUCGUAGUUUCAUAAUUCUAGAACCAUAUUCUCAUAGAGAUAGCCUUUAUUCUUCAACUCAUAGAAUUUUGCAAUUUUUGCUUUAAUCAGUCUCUUGUGCAUACUGAAUGUUUGUUGGAGAUAGCAUAUGGAGUUGCUAUGACAAAAUGACCUACUUAGAGAUGUGGAGCUUCUCAAAGGAAGAGGUUGUGGACGAUGGGAGGCUUGGAUUGAGCAGUUUCCCGAAAAGAAAAGAAGCAUCUCCCACCACCAAGGGCGGCGGCGACAGUAGCUUCAACACCAUCGACACAUUCGAGGCAUUGACGGAGACGGAGCAGGAUUUCGUUAACUUUACUUUCGUAUUUGAAGCUCCACUAAAGUAUGAUAUCUUCUACUGUGUUACGUCUUUCUACGAAAACUUGAUCCAACGGAGAGUAAGAGAAUGGCUGGCAUUUCACAUCAGGCUGUUCGGAGAGAAAUCCCAUUUCGUAAUUCACGAUGCAGGAGGUGUACAUGAUGGGGUAAUGGAGGUGCUUAAACCAUGGAUGGAUAAAGGAUAUGUUACAUUACAGGAUAUUAGAGAGCAAGAGAGAUUUGAUGGUUCACCAUUGUGCAAAUGCCAAUGUCUAACAAGCUUUGUCUCACUGAGGAUCGCGGUAAAUCCUACAGAUUGUAGAUUCAUUGGUUACCCUCCUUCUGCAAUGGCUUCUACCACAAUGUCACACGUUCUUGAUCGGUUACAGCUUUGCAUUGGUGAGAAGUACCAAGAUUAACUUUUGGACAUCCUUGGAAUUGUCAAGGACAAAGUGGAAGAAUGUUCUAGACUAAUACAAGAUUUGGUUUGCAACAUUGAUUUUUAUUAUUCAAAUAAAAGGAAGUUUGGUACUUUGCCAGGGAGUCCAACAGGAGUAAUUGUGACACCCCAACUUAGAAAGGAGUCCCACAUCGGCAAAACACAAGAGGGAUAAGUGAGAAAUCCUUACUCCCUAGUGACGCGUUUUAAAGCCGUGCGGGCCUGGGCCUAAAGCGGACAAUAUCACUAGUGGGUUGGGGAGUGGCAGCGGUAUCUCGCGCCUGUGUGGUUCGGGAUGCCCGUCGCGGCCAGGGCCUCGGGCCGAGUCGUGACAGAAUGCUAUCAGAGACGUUCCUGUGUCGUCCCUGUCGAUGUGGGCCAGAGUUCAAAUUGAGUGUAGGCAAAUCCCGGUAAGGCGGGGCAAACCUCAGUCCUGAGUGUAGGCGAAUCCCAUUCGGUGGGGCAAACCUCAGCGAGGACCCUGAGUCCAUAAAGGGGGUGUAUGUGACACCCCAACUUAGGAAGGAGUCCCACAUCGACAAAACACAAAAGGGAUGCUGGGUAUAUAAGUGAGAAAUCCUUACUCCCUAACGACGCGCUUUAAAGCCGUGCGGGCUUGGGCCCAGAGCGGAUAAUAUCACUAGUGGGUUGGGGAGUGACAGCGGUAUCUCGUGCCUGUGUGGUUUGGGAUGCCCGUCGCGGCCAGGGCCUCGGGCCGGGUCGUGACAGAAUGGUAUCAAAGCCGCUCCUGUGUCGUCCCUGUCGAUGUGGGCCAGAGUUCAAACUGAGUGUAGGCAAAUCCCGGUAAGGCGGGGCAAACCUCAGUCCUGAGUGUAGGCGAAUCCCAUUCGGUGGGGCAAACCUCAGUGAGGACGCUGAGUC